AUGAAGCUUUCUUCUAUGCUCGUCGGUGGUAUCGGCCUCCAGAUUUGCCAUGUCCUCGGCCAGGCGACACAACCCGCGACCCACUCGAUAGGACCCGUCGUAGACCUGGGAUACGUCAAGUACCGCGGCACCACCAACCACACCGCCGGCAUCAACUAUUUCCGCGGCAUCCAAUACGCCUACCCCCCAACCGCCUCCCUCCGCUGGCAAGCCCCCAUCCCCAUCGAACACCACAACUCCUUCAACGGCAGCACAAUCUACGACGCCAGCGCCAUCAGCCCGGCAUGCUACAUGUCCUUGCCCAAAUCGACGUAUACGCCUUACAACGAGUCCUUCGGCGCGAGUUUGUCCGGGUAUUCGGAAGACUGUCUGACGGUCGAUGUACUCGUGCCUGUGAACCCGAUGGACGAGAGGUUGGCGGUGAUGGUGCAGAUUCACGGAGGCAGUUUUCAGUCCGGGAAUGCGCAGGUGUUUCCGGGGGAUGGGAUGGUUAACCGAUCGGAGGGUGAGUGGAUCCGGUUGAAAGUGGAGUAUCGGCUGGGUAUCUUUGGGUUUUUGGGCGGGAGUGCGAUUGAGGAGGACGGGGUGUUGAAUGCUGGACUGUUGGAUCAGAGGGCGGCGUUGGAGUGGAUUCAAAGGAACAUUGCUGCUUUCGGUGGCGACCCUUCGAGAGUUACCAUAUGGGGCGGCUCUGCUGGAGGAAGUAGUGUUGCUUAUCAGCUCAUAGCUGGAGGCGCUUUUGAUCAACCACCAUUCUCCGCUGCAAUCGCGGAGUAUCCAUGGUUCCAGCAGCUGCUCAACCAAUCCGAACAGCAGAUACAGUACUCCAAUGUACUACAGCUGUCUGGCUGUUCCUCCAUAACAUGCCUGCGAGGCUUACCGGUUGGUGAGCUAGAGAACCUCAACCAGGCGGUGCAGAACGCAUCAGUGAACGGCCCAGGCAAUGGCUACGGCCAAGGCAUAUACAACCCAGUCGUAGACGGCAGCUUCGUCAAAGAGCUUCCGAGCAUAGCCUUCCAACUCGGCCACUUCCACGACGUCCCGCUCAUCGUCGACCGCGACGCAUACGAAGGUGUCAUCUUCUCCGAUCCCACAUCCACCACACAAGCCGAAGAAACAACCGACGCACAACACAUGUUCCCCUUCGCCGGCCCAGCGUUCUUCUCCCGCCUAUACCAGCUCUACCCAAAAUCAUCGUUCAACUCGACCUUCUUCCAGCGACAGACCUGGUUCGGCGACUACCUCAUCAACUGCCCGACCUACGUGAUGGGCUUCAACGCCAUCGAGCGCAACAGCAACCGCUCCGCGAUCUGGAAGAUGGUCUUCUCAGCCGGCACGCAACUCCACGGCGCUACGCAGAACUUCUUGAACUCCGCUACGACCGACUUUCCUACUGCGAAUAACCAGACGCUUGUCGAGAUUAUGACGUCGUACUGGAUUUCGUUCGCAGUGACGCAUGAUCCGAACACGAUGAGAGUAAAGGAUGCGGCGUACUGGCCUGGGUAUGCGAGCGGAGGGAAUGGGACGGGGGCUAAUGGGGAGAGUGCUGGGUUUACUGUGCAGGCUGUUACGUAUAGCAGUGUUGGGCCAGAGGAGGAUCCGGACGUGAGUGAGCGGUGUGAGUUCUUUGGGGCGCAUGCGUACAAGGUGCAGAACUAG